UCGCCCUUCCAUCGUCGCUCAUCUGUUCCUUUUUUUAAACUAUAAUUUUAAAAACCCUAGAAUUUCUAAUUCUCAGGCAAUUAUUUUACUCCGAAAUCAUGGAUCAAUACUAUAAUCACUAUCAAUCUUACAAUCAAUGGCGGCAACCAUCGCCGCCGCCACAGCAACCUAGCCUGUGCCCGGUUUGCUCAAUUCCCCACCUCCCAAUCUGCCCUCCCCACCCUCCUCCUUACCAUCAUCAAAAUCCUAAUUACCCUCAGCAUCAUAAUUACGCCCGACCCGUAUUUGAUCCCUACCAACCUCCGCCGCCGCCACCACCACCACCACCAGCCCCAGCACCGCCACCUCCUCCUCCUUACGUCAAUGGGUUUGCGGAUUCUAGAUCGUGGCAUCCAAACCCUAAUUCCGACCACGAUUAUGCUACGGCUGGUGUCGGUGAAUUAGAUCGGAGUUACAAAAGGCCUAGGAUUGAGGAUAUUGGUUCGGCUCCUGCUCGGAUUUCGAAGGAGGAUGAGAGAAGAUUGAAGUUGAUUCGUGAUCAUGGAGCUGCUUCAUUUAGUGGAGUUAACAAGGAGAAUAAAUCUCCCCAUUUUAAUAUUAAUAACGAUAACAAUGUCAACCUAAUGCCGCCAAGGAGUUCGGAGAUGUAUAACAUUGAAGAUUCACUUAAUAAUUGUACUGGUUAUUAUGGUAAUAAUAAUUAUAGUCAGCCGCAGCUGGUUCAGCAAAAAGAUUCAAUGCCCACGGCAAUCAAUCAUUGGCAAGGUUAUGAACAGAGAAUUGGGGGUCAUUUGCCACACCCUGGGGGCAAUCACAUGGCCCAGCCUCCUCUUCCAGCUUCUCCGCCACCACCUCUGCCCGUGGAGGCGUAUUCUUCAUCACCCAGUUCAUCAGUUUCUUUAUUUCCUUUAGGUGAUAGUUCAUCAGUCACAGCGCAUUCCAGUUAUCCGGUGGCUAUUGAGCCUUAUUAUCAGAACAAGCCGCCUCAUGCUUCUGGUGGAUUCCAUAGGGAGGUAAAUGGUUUUGAUGCUUCCGAGCUGUUUAAAAUGCCUCACAGAGCUUCUCGGCCUGAUCAUAUUGUGAUAAUUCUUCGAGGGCUACCAGGUAGUGGAAAGAGCUACUUAGCAAAGAUGUUACGAGAUCUUGAGGUUUAUAAUGGAGGUGAUGCUCCUCGAAUCCAUUCCAUGGAUGAUUAUUUUAUGACUGAAGUUGAAAAGGAUGAGGAGAUAAAAGUUUCAAAAUCAUCAAGUUCAGUUCGAAGUAAGAAAAGAGUGAAGAGGACUAUUAUGGAGUACUGUUAUGAACCUGAAAUGGAGGAGGCAUAUCGAGAAAGCAUGUUGAAAGCAUUUAAGAGGACCCUUGAAGAUGGGAUCUUCAGUUUUGUAAUUGUGGAUGACCGCAAUCUGCGGGUAGCUGAUUUUGCUCAGUUUUGGGCAAUUGGAAAGAGAUCGGGUUAUGAAGUUUACGUGUUAGAAGCUACAUAUAAGGAUCCUGUGGGAUGUGCAGCUAGGAACGUGCAUGGUUUUACUCUAGAGGAUGUCCAACAGAUGGCAGAACAAUGGGAAGAAACUCCGUCAUUAUACAUACAACUUGAUAUAAAGACAUUAAUCCAUGGAGAUGACCUGAAGGAAAGUGAUAUUCAGGAGGUCGACAUGGACAUGGAAGAUGAAAAUAGUGAAGAAGGAUUAUCAGGACAGCAAGAACAAAAAGGAGCUUUAGAGAUUUCAAAGGAUGAAAACAGAUGGGAUGCAGAGGAAGAUCAUCCUGCAGAGGUGAAGGAAUUAAGUAGGAGUAAAUGGUCAAGUUUGGACGAAGAUGAAACUGAAGGAUCAAAGCUGAAAUCUGUGCACUGGAGUGAUAAAGAACCUGUGAUUUAUUUGGUUAUUUGUCAGGGUGGCGACACUGGGUUCUUAAUAGGUGCAGCCAAGAAGGCCAAGAUAUUGUCUCUAGUGAUUGGGCCAGGAGCUGGUUAUAACUUGAAAUCCAACCCAUUACCUAGAGAGGAGAGUCAUACAUCCAACAGCAUUGGCAAUUCAAAGAAGCAAAGUUCAUUCCAAGAGAGGCUCCGUGCAGAGCAGGAAUCCUUUAAAGCUGUUUUUGACAGGAAGAAGAGGAUUGGCGGGCUUGAUCUUGACGAGGAUCAGUAAGUCGAAAAAGCCAGGU